GAGGACAGACGUAUUAUUCGAACAAAAGGCAAGAAGUGGAAGAGAACUUUCAUUUCUACCACCACAAGUUCGUUCUGUUUUGUGGUUAGUUUCUAUUCAGUCUGAGUGUCGUUCUGUUCGUGAAUUGUUGAGGAAAAUUCAAAAUGAAGUUUGCAAUUUUCGGGUUUCUAUUCUGUUUACUUGUCGUUUCAGAAGCCACCAAAGUGCAACAGUGUGAAAAUGGCCCUCCUCUACAAGACGGUCAGAUUACGAUUAGCGGAUGUGAUAAACCACCAUGCAGAUUGAGGAAGAAGAACACAGCUCACGCCUCAUUUACAUUUAGUCCCACUGAAGACAUACCAAAGUUAUCGAACACGGUCUUCGCUCAAAUCGUUGGAAUUCCAUUUCCGUUUAUUGGUGUUGACGGUACCAAUGCAUGUAAUCAAGUGUAUGAAGCUGAUGGAGAAACUAAAGCGAGUUGUCCACUUAAAUCGGGACAGAAAUAUGUGUAUAAAAAUAAAUUCGACAUUCUAGACAUUUAUCCAAGGUUAAAGCUGGUAGUACAUUGGGCUCUUACAGCACCUGGGAAUAAAGACAUAUUAUGCUUUGAAGUUCCUGCAAGAAUUACCAACUAAUUUAAAAUUAAAAAUGCAUCAUUUU